AUGUUUUUGAAGGAUGGUAGAGGGGGAAAAAUAACAACACUAAGUGUGGAUGGACUUGAUUGUGUAGUCAUGGAGCCCCCUUUGAGCAAGCGGAGUCAGACUCUGAGGUUAGCGGACUUGGCAGCGACUCAAAGCCAUCCUCACCAGACUAUGACAGGCUUCCCGGGGUUGGGGAGUCAUCAAGCCCACUCCCACCCAGCCCACAUCCACCCUGGGGAGUUGGGGAGUGACCCUGGAGUUGCCCUGACUCCAUUCGGACCCGAGCACAUGGCCCAAGCCAGUGCUCUGAAACUUAGUCCCUCGCAGCCUAUGCCAGGUCACCCUGAAGCCCAGACAGCUGCUGCCUUUGGCUCGCCCGUGUCUACCGUCAGCUACCCCGUGGCCCACUCGCACCCUGGCUACAGCAGCAGCAGCAGGGACUUUAUCCUCAGGAGGGAGCUGUCCACUUCUGCAAUGCUAGGAGAGCAGCACCCUGCGACCAGCUCCCCCCACCACCACCACCACCACCCACACAGCAUGUUCAUCUCGUCCACGGGCACCUAUGGCCACUCGGAUGGGGGCAGCCACCCUCUCUUCCCCGGCAUUCACGAGCAGGCGGCUCCAGGCGUCCCCCACCCCCUCAACGGCCAGAUGCGCCUUGGCUUGGCCGGAGAACUUUACGGAAGACCGGAGCCCUUCAGACCCGAGCACUACGCAGCCUCCUCCAUCCACAGCUACAACUCUAUGAACUUAAAUGUCAACCUGGCUGCUGCUGCCGCCCACCCAGCCGCUGCAGGGGCCUUCUUGAGGUACAUGAGGCAGCCCAUCAAGCAGGAGCUCAUCUGCAAGUGGAUCGACCAGGACUCCAAAAAAACUUGCUCCAAAACUUUCAGCACCAUGCACGAGCUGGUCAACCAUGUCACGGUGGAGCAUGUGGGGGGCCCCGAGCAGAGCAGCCACAUCUGCUUCUGGGAGGAAUGUCCCAGGGAGGGGAAGCCGUUCAAAGCUAAGUACAAACUGGUCAACCACAUCAGAGUGCACACUGGGGAGAAGCCUUUCCCCUGCCCCUUCCCGGGAUGUGGCAAAGUCUUUGCCAGGUCAGAGAACCUUAAGAUUCACAAAAGAACUCAUACAGGUGAGAAACCUUUUAAAUGCGAAUUUGAUGGCUGUGAUAGGAAGUUUGCCAACAGCAGUGACAGGAAGAAGCACUCCCAUGUUCACACCAGUGACAAGCCUUACUACUGUAAAGUCAGAGGCUGUGACAAGUCCUACACACACCCCAGCUCCCUGAGGAAGCACAUGAAAAUCCACUGCAAGUCUCCUCCAGGUUCGCCAACUUCAGGCAGUAUAGGGUACCCAGCAGUAGGUUCCUCUUUAGAUGAUCCUCUUUCCCCUACACAGGACCAAGUAAGGGGCCGGUCUGCCAAUCUGUCCCCUCAGGUCACCAACCUUAAUGAGUGGUACGUGUGUCAGGCCAGUGGAGCCCCAAACAACUUGCACACCCCUUCAAGCAAUGCAGACUCCACAGAGUCAGAUGAAGAGGCAGCAUACAGGAACUCAGAGAGAACUAUACACUAGC